UUUGUUAUUAGUGAUGAUAUUUGAGUGAAACUAUUUUUCUUUCUACGAAAUAGCUAGCUAACAUGCACCAAUAGCCUAACUUAAAUGUACCAGUGAGUAGACAAAACCAUAUAAUUGUAUUUUUAAAAAAUAACGUACCAAAAAUCUCAUUAAGUUUUCCUGCAUAUGGUUUCCACGUUUUCAUAAAUGAAAAAUUUGUUUAACUUCUAAACUUUGAGGCUACAAAAUUUUACGCCUUUGCGGGUCAGCUGACUACAUUUCCCAGAAUCCCCAGUCAAUGUUUAUGUAGACUGUCACUCUUGCUUUGCACUGGGGUACUUGCCCCCAUUUCCAUGCGUUGUUUAUGUAGUAAUGCAGCCCUGUCAGUGUCUUAACUUUUGCUUUAAACUGAUAACCGUGUUUCGCUGAAUCGACAGGAAAAACGGUAACAUGAAAUGGAGAUCACUCGUGCCAGGCCGUCCUUGUACGGAGAGAUCGCCCAUGGUCUUGGGUUCUGGACGGACCGAUCAGCAGUGCAUGAGGCUGCUGCGCAGGGCUGGGCUCUCCAGCUGCAGCAGUUAAUCGAAGGAGGAGCAGCAGUCAACAUCGUAGCAGUUGACUCUAUCACCCCCCUGCAUGAGGCGUGUAUACAAGGACAGACCCAGUGUGUCAGACUGCUGCUGGAUGCUGGUGCACAGGUGGAUGCCCGUAACAUCGAUGGCAGUACUCCUCUGUGUGAUGCCUGUGCAGCAGGUAGCUUGGAGUGUGUAAAGCUGCUGUUGGAGUAUGGUGCAACAGUUAAUCCUCCUCUGUUUACCUUCUCACCACUUCAUGAGGCCUGUAUGGGAGGUAAUUCAGACUGUGUUCAGCUCAUGAUUGAUCAAGGAGCUUUCAUGGAGGCCCACGACUGUCACUACGGCACACCCCUUCAUGUAGCGUGUGCGAGGCAACAUUAUGACUGCGCCAAAGUUCUCCUUAAUGCAGGGGCAAGCGUAAACGCUGCCAAGCUCCAUGAGACGGCCCUCCAUCAUGCAGCCAAAACAAAGAAUGUGGACUUGAUUGAGCUUCUUGUGGAGUUUGGGGGGAGUGUGUAUGCCAGGGACAACCUGAACAAAAAACCAAUCCACUACACCUGCCAGGGCUCUCCCGCUUAUCUCUGCCUGGAGUUCUACGAGAACACCCCACUCAGUCUGCAGCAGAUCAGCAGGGUGGCUUUCAGAGUGUCCCUUGGAUCAAGAGCACUUGAUGUUAUUUCUAAGCUGGACUUGCCCAAUCGCAUCUUAAGUUUUCUUUCGUACAUACCACCUCCAGUUAUUGAAAUUUAAUCCUGAAAUUUAAGACUCUUCCUUGGAAGGUUAAAACUAGAUGAGCAUCUGCUAUUUGUCUAUCUGGAAAGUCCCAUGACAGGACGCCAGAUUUGGCAGACAUGCAGCACUGAUGCCAAACUAGUACAGUGCACACCACAGAAAAAACACCAUCACUCCAAUAAUUACAAAGUUAACCAAAGCAAGUAUAACAAGAGCAAAAUAAGAAACCGAUAACAAGCUGAAAUUAGAUCAGACAGUAACUUAAAAGCAAUCAGCUGUAAAGCAUGCAUACACUGGUCUUGAUCCUAUUUCCCUUAGAAAGAGGUUUUUGGUAAUCUUUUAACAAACAGUUGCCUCCACACAUUCAUUUUACAGAGCGUGGCAGAAGCUUUCCCUAUGAGUCCUGUGAAAUCAACAAUAUGUGACUUAGGUUUGACAGGAUACUUUCAUAUUACUGGAUUUUUGCUCAAAUAUGACUCUGCUAGUGUCUGCAGUCCAUUAUUUAAACUGUUUGCAUGUGGAGUAAAUGUAUAUGCAUUCAGCUGUUGCCACAAUGUCUUUAGUCCAUGGUUAAAUAGUUUCAUUCAACAGGGUAAUCUAUUACAUGUCAGCUGAGAAAACAAUGGCAGUUGAAAUGUUGCUUCUAGUCUGGCUUCUUGCUCGGUCACUCUUUCUGUUUAUCUCCUCUGUGACUAUAGACUCUGUAUAUAGGCGCCUGCCCUACCCACUGAGCACUCAUCACUUACCUAAACUGUGCUGCCAUGCUCUUGUUGGUUUGGUUUCUUUGUCUUCUUUAUGUUGCAACAAAAACGUCUCCUCUUAUUGGUCAGGACAGGUGAUGAUCAACCAUGCUGGCUACAUGGAGACCUUGUUUCAGGACUGCUGUAGCAAGACAAAAUAACACCUUUAUUCUUGGUUAUGUUGCAAAGAACUGUGUUUGGAAAUUAUACUACCUUUUGUGUUUGUGUGAAGAAAUCUGCUGUCCCAGCUUUGGCUUUCAGUUGCUGUAAUGUUCAGUUGGAGUGGACCUCUGCUAACAUUGGUUUGCUUAUUUAAGUUUUCUCGCGCGGAUGUAGUGGUUGACAUUGAAAUUGUAAGUUGGAAUCUUAUCUCUGAAAUGUCAACCAUAUCCAAAGGACUGUAAAGAUACAACUUGAAGUUAUCUGACCUCAGCCAGGAUUGAUCAGCUCACCUUCCGCCUAAGUGGAGGUCAAAUUUGCCAGAUAAAGGAACCUUUAACAGUCCACAUGUUAAAGGCAUGUGCAACACAACAAAUUGCUUUGAACCUAUCUGGAGUUUUGUUCAUUAAGAAAUGUCAGUCAGUGUUGAUAAUUUAAAGUGGUACAGGUAUGUUGUAAGGAUUUAUUUGUGGGCUUUUUAUGCCUUCAUUGUAAAGACAGGACCAUGAUAGAGUUGGAAAGUUGGGCGACAGUGGAGAAUGACAUGCUGGAAAGGAACCACAGGCUAGAAUUGAAACCAUGCCACCCUGAGGACAACAGCCUCUGAUUAUGGGGCACGUAGACGUAACCACAAUGGCUUUCAUUGUUCUUCCUUCCCAGUGCUCACUAAGACUAAGCCAAAAUCUCAAGGCACACCAUAUUCAUACCCAUGCAGAAGAGCCUCUUUAAUACCAGUGUUAAAGUGUCUUUAGUGGUUGUAUAUUUGUAGUAAUGACUUAUUGUACGAAUUCCCUCGGCACACCAUUUGGGAACCACUGAACCAGGCUACAGGUACCCGUAGUACUGCUUAAUGAAGUUUACAUGAACUGUCUUGCUUUAAUGAUCUGAAUGUACAAUGUGUGUAACACUUUGUAGAACCCAAAGGGACCAUGAGAUAGUCUGAUUAUCAGAACUUUAUUUGUAUGUUUUUGUAUAUAUGCUGUUACUAUUUAUAUUUCAUGUAAAUUUGUAUAUAAUACAGAUGGUUCUACCUCUAUAAAACUAGUGUAAAUAAAAAGACCACUACAGGACUGUUUCAAAACAUCAGCUCAGUUUUGUCCUCUAUGCUAACAGAGCUUCUUGUGGAGUUUAACUGAUUUGUUUUUAUGAUUUUGAUGAGGUUUUUAUGACAACCAGUAAGAGAGAGAAGCGAUAUAAGAGCCGUUUGCAGCGCCAGUAUAAAAUAAAGAGAGCCACUCCUAAGAACAGAAAACAAAUCCAAUCAUUUAGUACAAGGGCAUGUCUGAACCCGAGCCUCCGCUGCAAACAGAGCAGGUCUGACAGGAAUCAGGUGCAAAAUAUCUGUAAUUUUUUUUAAAUUUCUUGAACUAGAACUGCUUU